GCGGUGACGGCAUCGGUAGAGAAGCCGUCUCAGAGCGGAGCGGCGGCCGAUAGUCAGGCCGAUGGCAGUGAUGCGGACGACCCCAAGAAGAAGAAGAGACAGCGCCGACAGCGGACACACUUCACGAGUCAACAGUUGCAGGAAUUGGAGGCAACCUUUCAGAGGAACCGUUACCCAGACAUGUCAACCCGCGAGGAGAUCGCCAUGUGGACUAACCUGACUGAGGCCAGGGUGUGGUUUAAGAACCGAAGGGCUAAAUGGCGUAAACGUGAGCGCAAUGCGGCCGCAGAACUCAAGAAUGGGUUCGGCUCUCAAUUCAAUGGUCUAAUGCAGUCGCCCUUCGACGACACGACGGCCCUGUACUCGGGUUACGGCACAUACAACAACUGGGCCUCAAAGGUGCCCUCGCCGCUGGGCGCCAAGUCGUUCCCCUGGCCGUCGCUGAACUCAGUGAACGUGAACCCGUUGGCGACCCAAUCGGCGAUGUCGUGCUUCAACACGUCGACAACGAUGCAGAACGUGAACGCCAGCCUCCAAAACGCCAACCCCUGUCCGUACGCCACGGCAACGGCCACAUCUCCAUACGUAACCGCAUACCGAACCGCGACUGACCAGUGCUCUAAUGCUAUGUCUGCCUCCAGUAUAGCAACACUUAGACUCAAAGCCAAACAGCAUUCGGUGACCCCAUUCGGCGCUAUGUCCUACACCCCGAUGUCGCCCCGACAGCCCACCGGUGCCGGACUCAGUCCCUGUCAGUACGGCGCCACCGCUGUCACCAACACUAACACUGAGAGGCCAUCGGUUUAGGCUACUGUCGGUUCAUUAAAAUUUUUUGCUAACAAACUCAAAAAGUAAGUCAAUUAUAUAUACAGUAUAUACCAAAACGAAUAUAACUUAUAUUCAACACACAAACCAAAAACUAACCG